AUGGACCCCUCCAAGUGGGCAGAGCCACCGGCACGGCUGAGCUCCUGCCGCCUCCGUGCGGGGCAGCACUACCGCAGCGUGACGGAGCUUCACCGCACAGCGCUGCCUUUCAAUGACCACGCACAGCCCGCACCCGCUGCCUGCGGUCGGGACGCAGAGCGCAUAGCGCUCAUCUGCGAACCGAUUCCGAGCAUCCUCCGCCGACUUACGGCGCAGCGCAGCGGGGCGAGGCCGGGGCCGCUCCGUCCGUCAGAUGAAGUGGAUCCAGGCGCUGCUGUCGGGGUCCUGCGGAGGCCCCGAGGAGGGGGAACGCGCCCGGCUCCGCAGGCGGUAAUUGGAGCCGCCGUUGUUGUCCCAAUACUCGGCCCCGGCCACGCGGUACCGGACGGCGAACUCCAGCGCGGCGUCGGAGCCGGCGGCGGCGGGUCCCAGCGGCAGGUGGAAGGCGAAGCGGUCGGUGAUGCCGUCGGCCGUCCCGGCGGGCUGGCCAGGUUGAGGACCCGCACGGCCCCGCGCAGCACCGCGGCUUCGCAGCGCACCCACUCCAGCCUCACCUUGUGCUGCCGCACUCGCUCCGUGAAGCCGGGGCCGUUACCGGGAUGCGGCUGGAACAGCGGCUCCAGCGGCGGCGGCGGCGGCCCGAACGGCACCGGAUUGAGCUCACCCAGCGCCGGAGGUUUCCUGGUCUUGAACAGGUCGGCGGGGCGAGGAGGGGCGGGCGGCGGCACCUGCGGCAGGUCGGCGUCGCAGAAAUGCCGCACGGAGAUGAGCUCCAGGCCGAGCGAGUCGGCGAAGCGUACGGUCUUGCGGCGCGAGGGGCUGUGCUGCGGGGCCGGGCGGAGGCUGCGAUCCCCGGGCGUGGGCAGCGACUUGGCCCGGCGGCGCUGCGUGGGGCUGGGCGGCACUGCGGGCACCGUGGGCUCCCGGCCGCGGGGAGGAGGCGGCGGCUUCUCGGGGGCCGCGUCCCGCGGGGCGGACGGUGGAAGCGGCGGAGGAGCGUCGCCGUCGGGGCUGCAGCCGCCCCUGCAGCGCUCGGCCAGGCUGCCAUAGAGGCAGGCGCUGCAGCUGAAGUUCCGCGGUAGGUAGAGCCGGGGCGGCGGCGCUGGCACGGCGCUGUGCAGCGAGGCCGCCUUAUCCAUGGGGGCUGCGGCGCUCAGCGCUCAGCUCGGGGCCGUCCUGCAGCCGCUCUGCCCCUCGGGCCAUGCGGCGCUGCGGCGGGGCCGGGUUGGGGCGAGCCCCGAAUCAUCCCGCCCCGUUGCUGUCCUAUUUCCAGCCCCGCGUCUCCGCCGCCGCCUUCUGGGUCUUUCCUCGAGGAGCUCAGCCAGGAGGAGGAGGAGGAGGAGGAGGAGAUGGAGGAGGCGGCACACGCAGGGAUUCCCCGGUGGAGGCGC